GUCGCUACUUCUCAUCGCACACACUGACUCACAACAGCAGUCUCAGCGGCGCAGACGCAGUCGCAAAGCUCCGAGGUUUUUGCCUCUCGACCGCGAAGCUGCUACAAACGCAACCGGAAGCUACAGCAACCGACCACGCCCCAGUCAUUCAGCAGCCAGAUAUUCAGAUUCACAACACCCAACCGAAAGCACACAGCAAGGCACGUACCUGAGCUUCACCUCAGCGCAGCAAACAAUCUACGCCGACCAACACUCCACCUCCACCACAAGGUCACGGCAGUAUCUCUAAAAAGCCCCGCGCAACCCGUAAAUAACGAAAGCCUCGCGGAGAGCCCAAGCUUGAAGACAUGACUACAAAGCUUUCAGGUGUUUACCUUCCACCCCACUUGCGCAAACGUGCUGCUGCACCAGCCGUAGCAAAGACUGAGGUCAGACUCGGAGACUUUAUUGGCAUUGGCUCUCCACCUGCCUCGGUCAAAUCUCAGGUUGAGAAGCCUGUUCAAAGUCAAGCUUCUCCUGAUAACCGUCAUGAGAUUGUCACUCAAGAACAUACCCCACCUUCUCCACCAACGACAGUCGAAGAGCCGUCAAAACCUGCCGGAGGAUGGAAUGGCUGCGACAAUCCUGUACCAGAGCAGCCUCCCGCCCCUACAAGGCGGAAUGGGAACCCGUGUUGGCCAAGAGCACCGAAACCACCCAAGGAAAGACACGUCUGGCCGAAGCAAAGCGAGAUUCCCAGAGAGCUAUCCACCGGUAGUCAGAGCGAUGGCGGAGUCACGUUCAAGUCUGAUAGCGAAGGAGACCCCUCAUACGAUGUCAAGAAGUUGAUGGACUGGAAUGGUGACUGGCUCCCGCCACCAGAAGAAUGGGCUGCCCGUAAGGGCUUUACCCAUCGUCACUUCGGCCAAGUCAUCGAACAGUGGGCGAAUGAGCACAGCCGAAACUGCACCAAGCUCAUGGACAUUGACUCGCCAGUGUUCUCGGGUGUAGAGAAGGCCGAUGGUGGGUGGCUGAACAAAGAUCUGGUACCACGUUACUGGCUCCACGACCUGAUCGAUGAAGCCGCCCCACGCAAAUUCUGGGAAGAACUCCCACAGCGCGCGCCUGCAACCUUAAGCGACGUCGAUAUCAUGGAAGAUCCGCCGUACUGGGAGCGAUGGGAAGACGACCAUCCCGAUAGCUGUUUCAUGACCAGCUUGGUCGUUCCAGAAGCGAAGAUCGAUCCGAAGGAUUCUGAUAAUGAGCUGGAGAGUCCAUUCGCUAUGCUCUGUACUACUGAACGACUGGCAAGAAUCAAGGAAAUCAAGGACAGCAAAGCGCGUCGUGCUCACGCAAGGCGAAACAAGCCGAUACCCACAUCCGCUCACGAAGGGCCUCAAUGGCCAGACAGGCGUUUGCAGCCAAAAGCCAAUAUAUAUCUCCGCCCCAUUCAGCCCGCUGAUGUUUGCGGCGUGAUGACGAUAUACAACCACUACGUUAACCAUACUGUGCAUGCACACGAGCUCGAAGAGCGAACUGAGGAAAACAUCCGUUGCCGUAUCGAUGACACUAUCAAGGUCGGUCUACCAUUCCUCGUUGCAGUUGCCAAACGGAACCAACGCAGAGGCCCGCAAGGGUAUGUGACCGAAACGAUCGUCGGCUUUGUCCACCUCGAUGACUACGUCGACCAAACCAGCAUGUACCGGUACACAUUUGAGCUCGAACUUUACGUACAUCCGGGCUACAUCCGUCAGGGUAUCGGUAAGUGCCUGCUCGAUCGGAUGAUGUACAUCGCCAACACCGGCUACAACAUCAAAGGUGGUUACGAGUGGGUGAAUGAGUUCGAGUACCUGAAGAACGGUAAGAGCCGCGUCGUCAAGACCAUCCUGGCGACUCUACACUAUGAACGAGGUGACGAUGUCGAGUGGGCUACUAGCUAUCUUGGAGACUUUGGUUUUAAGAAGGCCGGUCGAUUUGCUCAGAUCGGGCACAAAGGGGGCAAGGUUGUCGACAAAGUCAUGUUUCAGCUUCAGACUACCGAGGUCGUCGAUCCUAAGAGUAUACCUAUGGUUCAGGGUUGAGGGGCCGAACACUGAUCGAUCGCUUGAAUAUCGUGGUACGCGUUGAACAUCGGCGUAGACGUUAGCGGGCUGUGGCUACGGCGAAGGGAUUUGCUGCCUGCAGCUUCCUCAUGAAAGUCAUCUAUUUUGAUUCUCUCCUUUGCUCUUCCACGAUUUCAUGCAACGGGCUCAGGCACCGCUGAGGCCGACCCACCUGAGGCGCAGGGCUCAGAGUGCUUCUACAGAGCCAGCGCACGACGCGCAAAAGCGUACAGUAGCACGACCAAUAGACUGAAUCUUUCGUUCAUUG